AUGGAGCCCGCGGCGCUGAGUUGCGACCUACCUGUGCUCGUAUGUACUCUCACCUACCUGUCUCUGGAGGAUACUCUUCGGUGUGCUCAAGUCAGACACACCUGGCACCAAGCCGCCAGCCAGCCGGAAGCUUUGGUUCGGGAACUGCAUCUUCCAGGUGACGAUGGCGAUUCAACUCCGGAAGGCCUUCGUAGACUGCUGGGCAGAGGCUGCCUGAAGCAUGUGGAGCUGGUGGAAAUUGCUGGCGGAUGCAGCUGGUUCCCUGCACUCGUUGGAGAGCUGCCGGACUUGCAUCAGCUUCGAGUACGCGCAGCCUGCAGUGCGUGCAGGGGGAGGCCCAAGCUUGAUUUGGACCUGGCCUUGAGUAAUAUUCUCGCUGUCUCAUCGCGGCUGACUCUUCUGGACUUCAGCUACGACGGUUUUGGCUCGGAACGAAGUUCCCACUGGCCGGCCAUGCCGUCACUGGCAAGACUGCGUGUACAGAGUCUGCCGCUUCGUUUCUCAGAUCUGCCAAACCUUUUCACGGCAAAAGACCUGGAAUGGCUGGAGCUACAGGCAUGCCCGCUGAUGAGCUCUCAGACUGGCAUUGUUUCGUACGGGGCCAAAGUUCAGCCUCGCCAUUUGAAAGUACUUCGCUGCGGUGUGCAGAUGGCUUUGACGUUGCUUCUCUCUGUGUGCCUGGAGCGGCUGAGCUCUCUGUACCUGGAUCCUCCGACUGACUCGCGCGUGCAGGACGAGCUUGCAAAGGCUUGUGCACCCCAGCUCGGCGGCAAUGAUCCCGAUGUGGAUGCUUGCACAGACCUGCAAGCACAGGCUCAGCGGGAACUGCUUGCUGAGCUGCGGCGAGCAUCCCGAGCAUCAAGGACGCCGGAAUCCGGCGGUCUCACACCUUGGCAGCGACUCCAGAAGUGGAUGCAGGCCUCCGAGAGGAGCACUGAUGGUCACGGGCAGGUUCUUUACAGGAAUCUGCGAGCAUCAGCGAGCAAGAGCGGCUCCGUCUAG